UUCCCCAUGUCAUAACAUCCCAGGAAGAUAGGGUUUUUGCGAAGAGGGAAUGCCGAAGAGGACGACGCACACGUACUCUAGCGAAGACGCUGCUCCCGAUGGCCCCGACUCCGACCUCUACGUCUACUACUGCAAGCAUUGCGGCUCUCACGUACUCAUCACAGAUACUCAACUACAACGGAUGCCCAAGAGAAAAACUGACAAGGCAUACGUGCUUGAUAAGUCCAAGCACAUCGCGAGGCUCAACACGGUAGAAGCCGGGAAGCAAAUCCUCAAAAGGGGAGAAGGAAGAGCUGAGAAGCAGUAUCGCAUGAAAUGCUCCGGCUGCGGCCUCUUCGUGUGUUACCGCGCGGAAGAAGAUUUGCAAGCCGCGGAGUUGCUCUACGUGAUUGAUGGCUCGCUAAGUUCGAUGGCAGCGGAAACUAAUCCACAGGACGCUCCUGUGCCGCCGUGCAUAUCGCAAACAGAAGGUGGUCUGGUGCAAGUAGCGAUCGAAGUCGAGGACCGUGCUCAGCGAUCUGCGAUCACGAGAGUUAAUGCUGAUGAUGUUCGUGUGACUGUUGCUGCUCCAGCCGCGAGAGGAGAGGCCAACAACGAACUUCUGGAGUACAUGGCAAAGGUCCUGAGCUUGCGAGUGACGCAAAUGACGCUCCAGCGCGGCUGGAACAACAAAUCCAAGCUACUCGUGGUGAGUAUGAUCUCCAUCUCGUGCGAAAUCCACCUAAAGGUGGAAGACCUCAGCGUCCGCGAUGUCUAUGAGAAACUCCUGGCCGCUGUACAGCCGAGCUAGCCGGACCAAAGAGACCAACAGGUUCCUGUCCAGAACUCACGUCGGGUCUCGCACCACAGUGGUGGCAAAAGGAAAGGAUCUAUUUUGCCGCUGAGAGACGACGUCCAUUGCUCCAGAAAACACGACGCUGGUUUAUGCGAUAUCCGUGUGGAACCAACAGGGCCGCGGACAAUUACGCGCUUCGACAUGGAUCAUACAGGAUCUGUUCCUAUAAGAAUCUCCCAGGCCCGAGGAUCAUGGAACUGUCCAGAGCAGUCUUUAGAAGUUCGCAAAAAGAAGAGAGAAAAGCUCUAAGUUGUCCAGAGAAGUUCACAAAAGAAAGAGAGAAAAGUUCUAAGCGAUCAUGGAAGCGUCUGGGAAGAAUGCGAUCAUCCUUGCAGGCGA